AGCACCCGGUAGCGCGCUGACCCGGAAGCGGAAGUGUCGCCGGGCAGUGCGGACCUGAGGCGGGACCAUGAACAUUCUACCGAAGAAGUCGUGGCACGUGCGGAACAAGGACAAUGUGGCCCGCGUGCGGCGGGACGAGGCGCAGGCGCAGGACGAGCAGCGACAGCGGGAGGCCCGGGCCCUGCUGGCCGAACAGGAGGCACGGACCGAGUUCCUGAGGAAGAAGGCACGGGUGUCUGCCCUGCCAGGACCCGAUGGUGGCUCGGCCCUGGCCCCCAGUGGCGAUGAAUCACACCACAUCGACCUCUUCCGGGACCUGGAGGAGGGCAAGGGCUCCAAGGCCGGGAACAAGGAGUAUGAGGAGGAGAAGCGCAGGGAAAAGGAGCGGCAGGAGAAGGCUAUCGGGCUGCUGACCUAUCUGGGGCAGAGUGCGGCCGAGGCCCAGACCAGCCGGCCAUGGUACCAGGAAGCCCCUGACCGCAGCCAGGAGGCAGCUGUGGUGACAACCCAGGAGCAGCUGAAGGACAGACUGGACCCACUGCGGGAGAUGGAAAGGCACCUGCGCAAGAAGAAAGGGGAGGGGAAGAAGCGCAAGAAGGAGAAAGAGAAGCCAGCAGGGGAGAAGGCGGCAAUGAGGUGCUCUGCCCCCCUCUCCCUGGAGCAGCUGCGGCGGGAGCGGCUGCAGCGGGAGCAGGCCGAGCGAGCCCGGGCUGAAGCCCUGCUGGCCAGGCAGCAAGGGGAACCCCGCCGCAGGGAGGAGGAGGAGGAGCCCAACGACAGGAAACGCCGCUACAACUCCCAGUUCAACCCGCAGCUCGCGCGCAGGCCCCGCAGCUGGGACGAAAGGGAGCAGCGCUGAGCCCUGCCGGUGCCCCUUAAAGUGGUGGCUGAAACAGGCCUUGGGCACAGAGAUUCCUGCACCAGGGAUCACACGGCAGGUGGAAGAGGGACACUGGCAUCACAGCAAGGCAGCCAGUGUGUGGGAUCCCUCUGCUGACUUAGGGGAGAGAGACACCACGUGCUGUCUUCUCGGCCGUGAAGUUUAGCAUGAGGGUUGCACUCGGAGAGCCAGAACCCUCCUUGCUCUCAUAGGAGGGUGCUGGCUGCUCCACUGGGGCCCCAUGCUGGUCACUCAUCUCUUAGCACCUGGUGUUACUAGCAGCAGCUGAUAUCGGGGUUACCUAACCGCCCCACAAGGUAGGAGCCUGGCUGCCAAUAAAAGGCAGUCUUACUGCA